GUUAGCUAUACAGAAGCAAAGUGUAAGAAAGAAAGAAGAGAGAUGGAAAUGGAAAACAGAAGAAGCUAUAGAGCACAUAUCUUGUUAAUUCCUUAUCCAAGUCUUAGCCACAUAAAUCCAUUGCUCCAAUUCUCAAAUCGUUUGGCUUCCAAGGGCAUUAAAGCAACCUUAGCCACAACCAUCUUCAUCUCCAACACCAUGAACCUCAAAUCAUCAUCAUCAUCAUCAUCGGUUCAUUUCGAAACCAUAUCGGACGGAUUCGAUGAAGGUGGAAGUAAACAAUCCCCGGAUACUACCACCUACUUAAGGAGACUAGAAGUUGUAGGCUCCAAGACACUAGCCGAGCUCAUCGAGAGGCAUGAAUACUCAAUGCACCCAAUUGAUUGCAUAGUGUAUGACUUGUGCAUGCCUUGGGUUGUUGAUGUGGCCAAAGAGUUUGGCAUACUUGGAGCUGCAUUUGCUACUCAGCCAUGCACGGUUAAUUUCCUUUAUUAUUGUCUUCAUCGUGGCCUUUUGAAGUACCCUUUUUCUUCAAACCAACUUUCCAUUCCAGGGUUGUCGUUUCUUGAGCUCAACGACAUGCCAUGUUUUCAUUUCGUCGGGAGGUUGAGGUUGGAAGUUCUUGAGGUGUUGAUGAAGCAGUUUUCCAAUGUAGAGAAGGCCGAUUUCCUCCUUGUCAAUACUGUCUAUGGCUUUGAGAAAGAGGUGGUGGAUUCCAUGUCAAAAUUAGUUACAAAUUUAUUAACAGUUGGUCCAACAAUUCCAUCAAUCUUCCUAGACAAACGAAUCAAAGAUGACAAUGAGUACGGGGUUAAUCCCAUUACUACUACCAUAUCAUCAUCAUCAGCAAUUUGUAGCGACUGGCUUAACAAGAAGCCUGCUGGGUCCGUCGUGUAUGUAUCAUUUGGCAGCACACCCUACUUAAAGUCCAAGCAAAUGGAGGAACUUGCUCUAGGACUCAAAAAUACCAACUUUCAUUUCCUCUGGUCGGUUUCAGCUUCCGAACAUUCCAAGCUCCCAACCAAAUUUUUGGAAGAGAUUUCGGAUAAUAAAUCAGGACUAAUAGUGAAAUGGAGCCCCCAGUUGGAAGUUCUAUCGAACGAGGCUGUUGGUUGUUUCGUGACUCAUUGCGGUUGGAAUUCUACUAUUGAAGCAUUGAGUUUGGGAGUUCCAAUGGUAGCAAUGCCGCAAUGGACCGACCAAACCACUAAUGCCAAGCUUAUUGAGGAUCUAUGGAAGGUCGGUGUGAGAGUUGGUGUUGAUGAGGAUGGGAUUGCAAUGAGAGAUGAAAUUGAGUUUUCUAUCAGGGAAGUCAUGGAGGGGAAGAGAGGGAGACAAAUAAAACUUAAUGCUAACAAGUGGAGGAACAUGGCUAUAGAGGCAAUUAGUCAAGGUGGCACCUCAGACAACAACAUUGAUGAGUUUCUCUCAAAAUUAACUUGCUUUUAG